UUCGACGGCUAUGUUUAGAUGGACGUACAAUGUCGUAAGCUAGCCGGCGACACAUUCCCAUAGUAUUACUGCAGUCCAAACGCUGGCAUUGCACCAUCGUGGUGUGGACAUUCCCAAUACAUUCACAUGGGCAAGCCACUGGUAACAUCAUCCGUUGAUCCGUCCGUGACGACGACGACGGCGGCGGCCACCAUUGUCGAACCAUCUCUUGCGUCGCUUCAUCCAUCCUCCACCGCCACGGCAUCGCCGUCCAAUGCAGGAGGGUUCAUUGGUAAGUGCCAGUACAAAACCGGCAAGUGCUUCAAGGAGCGGACGCUGAAACGCAACGGCCAAGCGCAUUCGCUGUGCGAAGAGCACCGGGUCAAGCAAAACCUGAUCCAACGACGCAGCGAUCGAAAGUACCAGUCGCUGCAUGCCGUGCGACGGAAAGAGCGAAGCCAGGUCAAAGCACUGUUUAAGAAGCAAGUCACGAUGGCGGUGGCCCAUCAAAUGUACUACGAGCACCAACACCACCACCAUCACAAGAUCUUGAACCCCCUCGUGUUCCACAACAACCUCGCGUCCGUCCCACACCAUCAUCAUCCGUCCGCGGUGGCAGCCUCGUUGCCGUCGUCGUCGUCGCCCGGGACAUUCGGAUUGGGGUACCCGCAUGGAAUGCUGCCGCCAGUGGCCCCUUCCAUGCUUCUCUGUGGACUCCCCAAGUCCGCGUAUGAUAGCCCUGUCGUGCACAAGAAUGUCAAGCAUGUGUCGGCGCCAUCAUCUCAAGGGAUGUCUCCACUCGGGGCAAAUGCCGCCGUCAUCAAUCAACAACGUCACCAUGUUGCCGCGCUCAAGAGGAAAGAAGGAGGCAAGCAAGUUGAGGAACGGUCGUGGAAGCAUGCGGUGGAGGCCCCGAGCAACCAACACAGCGCUGCCCAUGAUGCCACCGACAAUGCCCAAGCAGCUACGGUAGAUUCAUGGACAGACGACGAUGUCCAGCUGUUGAAGUCCUUCUUGCUCGUGUAGACCAUAACGAUGCAAUUGCAAGGCAUAGUUCACACACAAUAAUAAUAACUAAGAGUGGUUAAACUCCCGUCAGAAGCCUUCCAUGUGGUUCAGGGCGAUGGGAUGCGGGCGACACCCCCAGAAAGGUGACUAUGACGCUCGCAGCAGACAUAACGUUGCCAUGGACGUGGACAGCGGUUCCACACUGGUGGUGGCGAGGCGAUUGAUUGCGCAUGACGCGUGUGACUAGGGGCAACAUGGCGACGCAGACUUGUACUCAAUGUGCGCCGCCGACACGCCAGUCCGCAGAUUACCGAUGGAGAAUCAUGGCG